CAGAAUCAGUCCCCAUCCGAGGCAUCAGAGAGAGGAAGAGGUUUGAAGCCAGAUCUUCCCCUUGUUCCUCUUUAAGGAGGAGCCUGUCCUCCUGAACCCUCCUCCUCCGGGUUUGUUUCCCGCCUUGUUGCCAGGCCAGCAGCUCCCAAGCUUUAAACCCCUCUCCCAUUUGCAUUGCCUUUUAGAGUGUGCAACAUGCUGACGACCAAGUUAUUCACCCUGGUGCUGGUGGUACAGCCACAGCGAGUCCUGCUGGGCAUGAAGAAACGUGGCUUUGGGGCUGGUCUCUGGAAUGGAUUCGGAGGAAAAGUGCAGCCGGGUGAAACCAUUGAGCAGGCGGCGAGAAGGGAGUUACAGGAAGAAAGUGGACUGACAGUGGACUCUAUAGAAAAGAUGGGCAAGAUCACCUUUGAGUUUGUGGGCAACACAGAGCUGAUGGAGGUCCACAUCUUCCGUGCUGACAGUUUCCAAGGAGAUCCCACAGAAAGUGACGAAAUGCGCCCACAGUGGUUUGAACUAGACCAGGUGCCUUUCAAGAACAUGUGGCCAGAUGAUAUCUACUGGUUUCCUCUUCUGCUCCAAAAGAAAUUGUUCAUUGGCUAUUUUAAGUUCCAGGGGCAGACCACGAUCUUAGACUACACCCUGAAAGAGGUGGAGAAGGUAUAAGAAGAUGCUGAAAACAACGCAAGCUCCCUGGCUGAAUUUAAACCAUAGCCCAUAUUGGGCAAAGAGGCAAGCCAACUUUCAUACAAAUAGCCCUUGUUAUCAGCUCCUUAGCAAAGGAAACAACUCAGUAACAAUUGGACACUGGGCAGACAACAGUUGUAGGGAAAUAAAGGACCAUUCUUAUACAUGCAUGUUCAAUGGCUGUAUAUUAAUCUAUUGUUGUUCCCAACCUCGAUCCAUGUUGCUAUUACUUUGACACUAUGAGGUACUACUCUCUUCUGGCUGGGUUAUUGCUAUCGCCGCUGGC